UGGGGGUUUAGUUUAAGACUGACAGUCUGAGCCGAAACAAGUCGGAAGAUUCUGAAAUGGGAAAACUUGUGCUAUAUGGAGUGGAGGCAAGUCCCCCAGUGCGGGCUUGCAAGAUGACAUUGGCUGCCUUGGGGCUACAGUAUGAGUACAAGCUGGUCAAUCUGCUGGCCCGUGAACAGAUGUCGAAGGAGUAUACGCUGAAGAAUCCACAGCAUACGGUGCCAAUGCUGGAGGAUGAUGGCAAAUGCAUUUGGGACUCGCAUGCAAUAAUAUCGUAUCUGGUGCGUAAAUAUGGCAAGAAUGAUGAACUGUAUCCAAAGGAUUAUCACAAGCGUGCUGUGGUCGAUCAACGUCUACACUUUGAGUCGGGUGUUUUAUUUCACGGCUGCGUUCGUAACAUUGCAUUCCCGGUGCUCCAAUACAACGAGACCGAGGUGCCACGUACCAAGAUCGAUGCUGUCUACGAAGUGUACAACUUUCUCGAAGCAUUCCUGGGCACACAAACAUAUCUGUGUGGCAACAACAUGACCAUAGCGGACUUCAGUGUUGUCUCCUCGGUGUCCAGUCUGGUCGGUUUGGCCGCCAUUGAACAGCAACGAUAUCCGAAGCUUAGCGCCUGGAUGGAACGCAUGGAGAAAUUGCCGGAUUAUCAGUCGAACAACGGCAAUGGAGCGCAAAUGUUAAUUGACAUGUUGAGUGCAAAGAUUACAAAGAUCGUUUGAUUUUACAAUUGUUGCUGGGGAAUAAUUACAAUAUCGCUUACAUAAUAAAUCGCCAUUUAUAAACGUA